AGAUCAGCGAGCUGCAAACGAAUAGUGAUCAACAUGUCCAACAAGCCAGGCAGAAGAAAAUCAAAAAGUUUAGGCUGCUGCCUAAACAGAGAAACGAAGGCAGCGCCAAUGCCGUUGACACCAUCAGCGGCAUCGGCAUCGACACCGGCAUCAUCACCACGACCACCGGCAACGAUAGUGGCAUCGGCACAGCCACCACCACCGGCAGUAGCAGUGUUGGCACCAGCACCGCCACCGGCAGUAGCAGUGUUGGCACCAGCACCGCCACCGCCAUCGGCAGUAGCAGCGUUGACAUCGGUACCGCCACCGAUGAUCUCAGCGGCACCGCCACCGCCACCGGCAGCAGCAGCGUUGGCACCGAUACCGCCAUUGAUGAUGUCAACGGCAUCGGCACCGCCACCAAACGCGCCAAGAAACGCGAUUAUGAAAAAGUGUGAGCAUCUCCGCCGUUACGUAGAUUAUUCUACUACUUUAUCCAAAAAUAUAACAUCUAUGAUUAAAAUGGUAAUAACACGCAAUGUCGCGAUCGAGUAUACAGCAUCUAAAGUCACGCCUGGAAAAGCCCUCAUGAAAGAUGAACAAUUGUAUGCAUGUCUAGAAGACAUAAUUCUCCAAAAUGAAUUUCAAGGAGAAAUUGCAACAGCAAAACUUCUUUUAAAGGCAUUAAGUUCUUCGCUUAGCAAUGCGAAGGAUUGGGACGGGCACAGGAAGGAUCGAGACGGACAAAGGAAGAAUCGGGAUGGAUAG